AUGCGCGCUUCGCGCCUGCCUCACCCUGUCGUCGCGGCCCCUGCCGUCACGGACCCUGCUGUAGAGGCCCCUACUGCCGUUCAGGCCCCUGCUGCCGUCGCGGCCCCUACUGCCGUCGCGGCCCCUGCUGCCGUCGCGGCCCCUGCUACCGACGCGGCCCCUGCUGCCGUCGCGGCCCCUCCUGCCGUUGCGGCCCCUGCUGCAGUCGCGGCCCCUCCUGCCGUCGCGGCCCUUGCUGCCGUCGCGGCCCCUACUGCCGUCGCGGCCCCUACUGCCGUCGCGGCCCCUGCUGCCGUGGCAGCCCCUGCUGCCGUCGCGGCCCCUGCUACCGUCGCGGCCCCUGCUGCCGUCACGGCCCCUGCUGCAGUCACGGCCCCUACUGCCGUCGCGGCCCCUACUGCCGUCGCGGCCCCUGCCACCGUCGCGGCCCCUGCUGCCGUCGCGGCCCCUGCUGCUGUCGCGGCCCCUGCCGUCGCAGCCCCUGCCGUUGCAGCCCCUGCUGUCGCGGCCCCUGCCGUCGAGGCCCCUGCUGUCGCGGCCCUGCCCUGCAACCGCCCCUGGUAA